CGAGCCUUCCACUUUGGCCCUCCUUUGAACCGCACUUGCACUCCGCCCUCACAACACCCUCAAUCAGCACCACCACCACCACCACCGCCACCACCAUGUCCGCCAACGCCGCCGCCACCGCGCCCCAGUCGGAGCAGCCCCAACAACAGCAAGAGACCGCGGCGCCCGCCACCGCGACGUCGACACCAGAGAAGCCCGACGCGCCGGCUGCCGCAGCCCCCGCCGCGGAGGCGGAGGAGGAAAAGAAGAGCAGCCGGAUCAAGGAGUUCUUCAAGACGCUGUUCGGCUGCCUGCGCAAGCAGGUCAAGGACCAGAUCGGCGAGCAGGCCGCCGACCAGGCCAAGAAGGCGGUCGAGGACAAGGUCAACGAGGCGCAGGCCCAGGCGCAGGACCAGGCCAACCAGCUGCAGCCCGAGGCGGCCGGGCAGCAGCAACAGCAGCAGGAUCAGCCCGGCGCGGCGGCUGCGAAGGAGGGGACGACUGCUUAGGCUGAUGCUUCGUUGAAGGGUGGUGCUCGGUUGUAUGUUUUCGGAGCCGGGGGAUGGGCAGUGCCAGGGCGGUUGUGUGACUUUGCGGAGGAUCUACA